ACGCGUUUCUCUCCAAUUAACACACGCCGCUAAUUGCGGGUGGACGCAGAGCCGCGACGCGUGUCUGCAAUGGGGUUUAGGAAAAAACUAUUUUAAAAAAGCGCUUUUAAAAAGGUCCUGUUUCGACUCUGUGCCUUUUAUUGUAGACGGGGGUUUGCAAAACGUCAUCACUGUGCACCCGUUUUUUUUAAAAUGUUAUUCCUUUACAAUAAAAAGAGAAACGCUGUCUGCGGCUACAGAUCCGGUGCGUAGUGGCAUUUUAUCAACAUUACACGCACUGACAAAAUAAAUAUGCGUGUGUUUUAAAGCAUCGACGGAAACACCGUGCUUACCUGCUGUGUAAAAUCUCCACCCCUGACAGCGCGGAUCGCAGAUAGGGUGCAGCACAUUCACUCCAGGGAUCAGAUUCACCCCCAUUCAACCACCCUGCCUUAGAGCAAGUACCAAAGAGACCCAGGCUCUCCAGACAGGACAGGAUCCCGCCUCCUCUGACCCAGGCUCUCCAGACAGGACAGGAUCCCGCCUCCUCUGACCCAGGCUCUCCAGACAGGACAGGAUCCCGCCUCCUCUGACCCAGGCUCUCCAGACAGGACAGGAUCCCGCCUCCUCUGACCCAGGCUCUCCAGACAGGACAGGAUCCCGCCUCCUCUGACCCAGGCUCUCCAGACAGGACAGGAUCCCGCCUCCUCUGACCCAGGCUCUCCAGACAGGACAGGAUCCCGCCUCCUCUGACCCAGGCUCUCCAGACAGGACUGGAUCCCGCCUCCUCUGACCCAGGCUCCUGACAGGACAGGAUCCCGCCUCCUCUGACCCAGGCUCUCCAGACAGGACAGGAUCCCGCCUCCUCUGACCCAGGCUCUCCAGACAGGACAGGAUCCCGCCUCCUCUGACCCAGGCUCUCCAGACAGGACAGGAUCCCGCCUCCUCUGACCCAGGCGCUCCAGACAGGACAGGAUCCCGCCUCCUCUGACCCAGGCUCUCCACACAGAAAUUAACUCCAGCGAUUCUACUGCACAUGAAAACAGACCCAGGCCCAGUCUUCAGCGAUACAGUCAAACACUAGGAAUGGUUCAUGCUGGAGGUCUUCCCUUCUGCUGAGUCGCCAGCCAUGGAUCUACCUCUAAACAUCAAUGGUUACCCCAUCUCCCAUUCGCAGCAGGGGCUGGCGGACUGUACCAACAGUGCCGAGGGGGGCGCCUACAUUUGCACGGAGUGCGGGGAGGGGUUUGGGGUUUACGCGCGGCUGCAGGAUCACAUGACCGCGCACGGGCAGGAGCAGCUGACCCUGCAGUACGGCAGCUACAUCAUCCCGCCCCCGGCGCUGCACCGCGAGUACGACAGCGCCUUCUCCUACGCCCGGCCCAUGGAGCUCACGCUGCAGGAGAACGGUACGCUGGCGAUAGUGGAGAGGCCGCCGCAAACGACCACGCAAGGAGAGAGCUGGGGGCCGGCGCCGCAGACCGCCACGCAGCGCCUGGAAGAAAGCACAGAGAAAGCGGUGGAGAACGGGAGAGUGGCGGCAGUGGGCGGAGGAGUGGGCGUGGCUAUGGUUGCCCCGCCCAGGUUUUCCUGCGAGGUCUGCGGGCGGCUCUUCAAUACCUCCCAGGGCCUCCAGAGGCACCAGAGAUUCCACACCUCGGAGCGCGGGUUCAAGUGCACGGUGUGCUGCCAGAGCUUCUCCCAGAGGGCCGAGCUGCGGGCCCACCUGCCCGCGCACGCCCACCUGCGCUCCUACGGCUGCGGCCGCUGCGGGCAGCGCUUCACCCAGACAGAGGCGCUGCGGGCUCACCGGGAAACGCACGGACCCCGGUCCGGGUCCCCGGACCGCUCCUACCCCUGCGGGGACUGCGGGCUCCGCUUCUUCUGGCUGUCGGACCUUCAGAGCCACGGACGCAGCCACCACGCGGCCGCCCAGCAGCCCCUUCCCGGGAGGAAGUUCACGGAGCUCUUUGUGGACCCCCGGACCGGGCAGAUCCGGGUGCGGGAGCGGAGCCUGCGGUGCGAGGUGUGCGCCAAGGGGUUCAGCCAGCCUUCCGACCUCAAGAGGCACGCGGCCACCCACGCGGGGGCCCGGCCCUUCCGCUGCGGCCUCUGCGGGCGACGCUUCACCCAGGCGUCCGACCUGAAGCGGCACCAGAGGGUGCAUCUCGGGCGGCCCCAGGACCCGCCGAACUGGGUACAGGGGCUCCCCGAUAACGCUGAUGGGAGUGGGAUGAAGAAUCCUCCUCCUCCUCCUCCUCCUCCUCCUCCUCCUACUCCUCUGCAGCAGUCCUUCCCUUGCCAUGUGUGCGGCCGCAGCUUCUUCCACUCCAGCAGCCUCUCCCGGCACCAGCGGUACCACACGGGGGACAAGCCUCACCGCUGCCGGCAGUGCGGGAAGGGCUUCGUGCAGCGCUCCGACCUCCUGAAACACGAGACCGUCCACGCGGCGGCCAGGAGGAGGGAGGAGGAGAAGGAGGAGGAGGAGGAGGAGGGCGGGACCCACCAGGAUGGAAGCGGCUGGCUCCCGUGCCCCGACUGUGGGAAGGUCUUCGUCCAGGCGGCCCGUUUGAAGAACCACCGGCUGAGCCACGCCCACGGGGGGCCCCGAGCGCCGAGCUACCGCUGCCCCCACUGCAGGAAGGGCUUCAGCCUGCUGAGCGUCCUGCGCCGGCACCAGCGCUAUCACGCCAAGGAGAGAGCUUUCCGCUGCCCCGAGUGCCCGCGCGGCUUCCGCCAGUCCUCCGACCUGAACAGGCACCUGCAGACUCACGGGAGGAGGAGGAAGAGGAGGAGGUGGAGGGGGGAGGGGGAGGGGGAGGGGGAGGCGGAGACCCCCGUUCCUCUGCAGCGAGGGGAGGGGGGUCCCGAGGAGACGGGACAGGUUUUGUACGAAUGCCCUGAAUGCGAGGAGACCUUCGUCUGCCUGCAGAGUUUCCUGCAGCACCAGAGCAGCCACGUGAGGAGUGAAGCUCAGUAGAGACGGACGGACGGACGGACGGAUGGACAGAUGCCCCCCCCACCCCCCCCUUACCCCCCCCCAAUCCAGGUUUUAUAAGCAUAGUUAAAAUAAUCCCACCUGUAACUCUGUAGCAGUGGAUAUAGAAAUGUUAAAAGAAACCUUUUGAAUUCUGAAGUGUUGACGUUUCCGUUAGACUGUCACUGCGUUGUGCUGGACUGGAAGGGGGUUGGCUUAAAAGAGCAGGAGGGCUUGGGGGGGGGUCUCCACUGGAACUGUGCCCCCCUGUCCUGAGCUGGUAAAGUGGACCAAUGGGACCAAAACCUGGUGCUAAAUUAAUGUAUUUAUCUAUAAUCCCCCCCCCCCCCCCCCCCAAGUGGAAUGGUUCAACCCAACAGCCCGUCCACUUACAGGACCCUUGUCAAGUUCUGUCCCAGAGGGGUGUUAGAAAAACAAGCAACGCUCAUGAAAGGAAAUCGAAUCUCAGGAGGGCUGGAGCUCAAACGGGCGGCCCUCCCUUCACUCAGUCAAGCCGAGCCCCGCCCCAUUCCACCCCCCCACCCCCCCCCCCCCCCUCCGAGCGACCGAACCCCGACUAUUCCCUCCCUGUGGGACCCCACCAGCCAGGAAGGUCAGGCUCUGUGCUCUUCCUGACUUUGCUCCGAAACUCGCGCGGGUGACUUUGGGAACACAGUGAGACGGGAGGGUGCGGGUUUGUAAAGACCUGAGCGUUUCUGUUAUCUUUCAACAAAAAAAAACAAUCAAUCAAUCAAUCAAUCAAUAAAUAAAUAAAUAGAAUAGAAAA